AUGCAACUGAUAAGACCAUUCACUCACCAAGACAGUAGCAACGCAGUCUCACAGGAGCUCUGGAUCCGAAUCUGGUGGGCUCUUUUUGCCGCGGACAAUUGGUGCUCUUCGAGUCUGGGCUUCCCUCGCCAGAUGAAGGACUGGCCUCGGCCUGACCGAUCGCCUAUGGAUGAAAACAUAUUUGCUGGCAUGGCUCCAGAGGAAGCAUUGCAGGAUCUGAAUGAACCAUGUCAGAACCCUGGUCUGUGGGCACACAUGGCCACGCUACAUGAGAUUUUUGGUCCAAUCCAGGAACUCAAUUGGCUCGCUGCCACCAAUAAAGAACUACAGCCAAGUCAAAUGGAACUCGAUACAGAGAAUCUCGCCCAACUACUAGAUGACUGGCAAAAGGCACUCCCAGAGGAGGUUCAACUGACAGAUCCGAACCUCGUCGGGCACAGCAAGCGAGGCACCGGGGGCAUCUUCAUGGGCCUCCACCUUGCCUUUCAUCACUAUGCUACAUUACUCUUCUACCAGUAUCUGGAUCCAAAGUCCGCACUGACAAUGCGUGGUCGACAGUUUGCAGCUCGAUGCAAACACCAUGCGCUUAGUUAUAGUAUAUGGCUUGCCCGUGGGAGAAGGCAAUCAGGAUGCGAGGCCGUGUAUCCAACUGUCGGCCAUAUGGCCAUCGUCUCCUCUUCCGUUCUUCUUCACACCCUCCUAUUUGGAGAAGAAGAGGAAAUUGCACAGUCCCAUGAUUGCCUCAAAGCAAAUUUCGAGGCACUACUCGAGCUGAAAGAGUACUGGCCUAAUGUGAACACCAUGGUGAAUGACCCCUUUACUCCAUUAUAG